CGGGGGUGAGGCUGGGAGGAGGAGGAGGAGGAGGAGGAGGGCCGCUUCAUGCGCCACAGUAAACCGACGCUGGAGCUCCGACACGGCGGGCUGUCCUGCUCCAACUCCGCCGAGGAAACUUAACCUCCAUUACUUUUUUCUUUACGACGCAGCAGCCGCUUCACCUGGAGUUUCACUGAGACUUCUCUUCCGCGUUCACGGAAAGUUCCCGGGAAUAUAAAGUGAAACUUUCCCUCCGCUUGGCGCGUGAAGGUCGAUCCAACUGUGGAAUGAAAUCCGAGCUCGAGGACCAGAAUGGCUGCCCACAUUAAACACCUGGAAUUAUACUUGCUUUGACAACAUCUCACACAACCGCCAAAAAAACUCUCUGAACUCUCCCGUGCACCUUCACAACCUGGUUUGACUUCUGCCUGCAAGCGAGAGGCUGCCAUCAUGCCUAUUCUCAAGCAGCUGGUGCACAACUCCAGCCAAUCGAAGCGGCGGUCUCGGGCCGACCUGACCGCCGAGAUGAUUAGCGCUCCCCUGGGGGACUUCCGCCACACGAUGCACGUGGGCAGAGGGGGCGACGCCUUCGGGGACACUUCGUUUCUUAGCACCCGAUCGGGGGAACCUCCGAGGGAGCCAGAGACGAAGCAGAGCUCCCCGGGGCCCAAACCGGGGUUGCUGUCCCGCACCUUCAGAAGCAGCAAGCGCUCUCAGUCAGUAAACAGAGGAGACAAGUACGAAUACAAUACGAUGGCUCCCUCCGGUGGCUCAUCCAACUAUGUGAAAAACGCCAUAUCCUUACCUUACCUCAACGAGGAGGACACGAACAGAAGCAACCACCUGACGAAGAGCGUUUCUUCCAGCCCCAUGAAGAAGCUCACAGAGAUCGACAGCAAGCCGAGUAACGGAGCAGCAGCGAUGGCGACGCUCGAUGCGGAGUUUGAUGAGCGUAACUUUGGCGAACUCACAGAUUUGCCUCCAUCCAUGCCCAGGGGAGGCGGCAUGAAGCACGCAGAGUCUAUGAUGUCCUUCCACAUCGACUUGGGGCCCUCCAUGCUCGGGGAUAUCUUGAGCGUGAUGGAAAAGAAAGGCUGGGAGGAGGACGACCUCGGCUACGAGGAAGGCAAGAGCAGCGAGGGCCGUGCAUCGCCCUCCCUCAUACCCCACAUCGAUGAUGAUGAUGUGGAGGAGCAGGCCCCUGCGAGGCCACCCCGCAGCAUGUACCAGCAGAAGGCCGUGGUGGACCCCUACACCCCGGAGCUACAAACCAGGAGCAACCACCACAACAUGGAUAGCUGCUCUGUGUCCAGCGCCGGCUCGGCCACAGAGGAGAAAGCUCAGUACCACAUCCACGACGGCGACACGGACAGUGCAAAGUACAGUUCGCCACGCGGGGAGGAGGACAGAGAUUUCACCUUCAUGGACGACGAAGAUGAUGAUGAGAUCCGAGUGUAGACGAAGCUGCUCUGGCCAAACAGAGUUUUCCAAUGACACUAAUUGAGACGACGAGGUGUCGGGGCAAUGACGAGCUGGGAAAAGGCAGGGGAAGGAUUUGGAAGCAGGGCCACAUCUGUUUUAAGCUUCUCGUAGAAACUCUGCACACUUUGUCAACGUCAUAAAUAAAACCAAUUAAGCCUUAUUCACUGUGCUGUAGCAAGGAGAUGUGAGCGGAGUGCACGCUGAGAGUGCAGACAGACUGGGUCACUAAGUUGCACUCUCCAAACUUCUGGGUUUGUUGAUUGUUGCAGUUUUUUUGCACCAUCAAACCCUGGACUAUUAUUAUUAUUAUUAUUAUUAUUAUUAUUGCAAAAUUCGUUUUUUAAAAAACAAACCGGCUUCUGUCGUUGAACUCUGUCAUGUAAACUCUCAACUGUGCAUCUGCAAAGAGGAAAGAAACCAGCGAGCUGCUGGUUAUGAGCUUCAGACUCGUUUAAAGAAGUAAAGGGUAACCACGAGGUUGGAGAAGUGUAAACCCAGCUGUCAAUCACAUGGAUAUCACAUUGGGAGCGUGAUGUGUGAGAUGAGCUGACGGACGUGCGGGGGUCACACUCUCACUGUGGAUCUGUUCUACACAUUCUGAGGGAAACGGCGAGAAGUGAAACUCCUGAUGUCUUUGUAAUCGCUGCGUGUGGGAGUGAUCACGAAGCUUCAUUUGCCAAGAACAAUAUUUUGGCAUAGACACUAAAUAGAGAAAGUUGUGAUUACUUUUGUUCUCGUCUGAAUUAAUGGGAGGAUUUCUGCCUUUUUGUUUUUUACUAUAUUUUAUGUACAUAUAGUAUCUGGAGGUCGGUCUUCACAGUAGCUUGUUGUAUUUGAGGUAGUUUAUCAUUUUGCGGCUGUUUUCUUUGGCAACUUCUUCGUAUUUAUUCAUUAACUCUCACAAGGGAUGGAUCAGUCUUAACGUGCACUGCUAGGUCUUAAAACUUUUGAUUACAGCUUUUUUCCGAUGAGAUUAAUUUCUUACAGAAACGUGACGGUACCACACAGGGAGAGUCGGCUUGUUUGCAUCCACCAGGGGACUUAACGGCGAGGACUAAACGCAUCACUUCUGCAAUCGCUAUCAUGCUAAAGCUGCAUUAGUUGAUAAUAGAUUAAGGAAAUCACUCCAUGGGGAGUGUCUGCAUUUUUUAAUUUGCAAAAAAAACAAUAAGAAUUGUCAGAAGAGUUUUGUACGUGUUGUGUGUCCUGUGCUAAAAACAGGACAGAGGUGGAGAUUGUGGGGAAGCUGUGUGUGUGUGUGUGUCGCGUCUGUGUCGUCACAUUGAAGUUGGUCGGAUUAGCAGGUCGGCAGAGAGACGUAGGAGAUGUUUUGUAAAGGAGUCGAUGCAGUAGAAACAGGGUCAAACUGUCCAGCUACACAUCCUGUCUUAUUCGCCACGUGUCCACGUUUGUCUCCGAGGGCAGAGGGAGGACGCCGCAGCAUGAGCAGACACUUAUCAGAGAGCAGCUACUUAACAGUUCGGGCAUCAGGUGUGACCUCGACACGUGAUGAUAACCACACUCCUCCAAACAACCCGAAUCACACAGUGGGACGAGAUGAUUAAAUCAACCAAUCAUCUGGCCUUUCCCGGUCUUACUCAUUAAAUGUGUGAGAUUAUCGGCCCCCCCCACCAGCUGGAACCGGCCCAGGAACAGCAGGGUCAGGAGCAGACAGGUGGGCAGCUGGUUCUUUUUGGGUGUUUUAGUUGUUUUUUGUACAGCGCCGGCUCGUUCAGCCGUCUCCUCCGGGUUCCCCCUCAGUUAUAAAUUAGGCCGAACGAGGCGUACGUGUCCUUUUUUUUUUCCGUGUCCGUGAUUAAUGUCUGACCUUUUUUAUUUUGUGUUAGAAAGCUAAUUGCCACGUUUGAAAAAUGGGAGCAUUGGAUUUCCUGUUGUGGCGCUGACGCCAGGGGGGCGUGUCCGCAGAAUCCGGAUGCCAAGCUUUUUCUGCCUCUGGGUUCUUUUCUCUUUUUUUCCUACAUGAACAGGUUGUGAGAAGAUGUGAGAUGAAAAGCAACCUGGAGGAAAUUUGCCAAGUAUGUUCUAGCCAUGUUUUUUCGGCUGACGUUAGGAGGUUUUUUUCGUUUCUGUGUAGAUUAUAUGCAGUAUGAUUUGAGUCAGGUCGCUUCAGGGGCCAAAUGACAGCUGUCUUUUUACUUCCUUUUGGAUCCAUUGUGUAAUAUGUGGUUCGUGGAGCAGCUGCAAUCCUUCACACAAAUAAAAAAGAACCAACAGAAUCGCUCCCUGUCCGCCGCCGUCUUAAUCAAAUCAUGUAAAUACAAGUUGUGCCAUUGAUUAUUACAGAAAACAAUCUUUGCCAUCAGCGGACUUUGUGGUACGAGUGUGGGAACCGGACGAAUGUUAGUGGCUUUGACACUAAACUGCAUCUGUGGCCAAAUCGUAUUUGCACAUUUAAGAAAAAAUUCCAAUUUUUAAUAGCGAAUUAUUGCAAAGUCUGAAGUAUUACUCUGAAAUACUGUCUUGCGAGUGUCUCAACUUUCUGGCGUUUUCCGUGUGUCUCUGUGGGAAACGCCUCAGUUAAACAGAAGAAACCAUAUAAAGGAAUUUGCAAAUACAUUCUGCCCCAGGUCGGCUUUAAAGUUUCCCGGAAUCCCAACAGCUGCGGGUUUGGUGUGCGGCAAAAAAAAAAAAAAGAUAAGGACUGUAAGAAACAACUGGCUCAAAGUUCAGCUGUAGAAUGUGUUUCCUUUUUUUUUCUAUUCAGUGGCUGUAGUGUUAUGCCAAGUAUGUACUGUUUUCUCUUUCUACUCCUCACUCUGGUUUUACAGUAUAUUAAUAUAUUUACUUUUCUCACUCUCCUUUUCUUUGAAAUAACAGCUAUAUUUUUCAAUAAAAAGAGAAAGCUGGUAAUCUUUAA